GAGAUUUUUGCAGUACUUAUUCUUGAAGCUUGUUAUGGCCAUCCCAACCACCCCAAAGGCAAAUUGCUAAUUGACAAAUUGUGAGUUUGAGUCUGUACACACCAAUUUGUGUAUUUGUAUUGUUUUUUCACAGGAAAACUAAGAUAAAAUUACCACUAUACCAACAUAUGAUGUAUGAAUUUCAAUGAAAACUUUUAAGAUAUAUUCCAAUGUCAUUAUAUGUUUGACUACUCAAUCAAAAUCUGCUAAGGAACAAGCUGUAUAAUAUUAUAAAAUCAAAUACAUAAUGCUCUUUUAAACAUUUUUGUCGAAAUACCGCUAACUAGACUGCCUAUAAUUUAUCAUCAAGGGGAAAUCACUCUAUACUGUGGAGCGUUAAAGUUCUCGGGUGCCAUCGUGGACUCGGAAUAGUUCCCGGCAUAACAAAAGGCCUACAAGGGAUGGAAGAGCUCAGAGUUCAUGCACACCCUUAAAGCCUUUGGCAUAAGCGGCUUCGGCAACGCUAAAUGCAAAGGUUCUUGCAGAAGCCAAGUCAAAAUUCUCUGAAGUACUACACUUACAAAAGCUAAGUAUACGAGUUAAUACUGCCCGACUGUUCAGAACUUGCUUAGGCAACCCGUCUUGUCAUAAGGGGGAUGCAAAGUCGAGAAUCUGAAAGCGUUUGAAACGAGCUAGCAAAGCAAAUAACAAACGCUUGGGGCUUAUACCAUGAUAGUCGGUUAUACUUUGACAUAUUGGCUGUAGACGUUUACGACUCGGAAAGCUUACCAAGCAUGCACAAAACCCUGUACUCGAAUGAGUUAAUUCUCGGGCUGAUCAAAAGAACUCAUAGUCUCAAAGCACAAGAGGCAGUCUAAACAAUCACAAUUAUUUCUAACAUUUGGCAUGCAAGCUUAAAACUUAAACCGAUCUACUUUCAUAGUGCUAAAAAAAAAGUGCAGCAGUGUUAAAUAAAUAAAUAAAAUUAAGUUAACAAAGAUCCAUAAAACUUUAAAUUAAAAGCCUAACAAAGUUUGGAUUACAUAAGGGCAAAAUUAAAAAGGAGGAACAUAUUUAAUAUCAAAAAUUACAAAAUUACAAACUCCGAGGUUAACAAUUUCACGACCGAUAUCCGCAUAAAUAACUAUUAUAUUUUUGGUCAGAUUGGUGGAGGAAGUUUGAGAAUUUAUAAACGCGACUUACAACAAAAGGUUUUGAAGAUUGUAGGCAUCUCAAUGGAGCAGGCUGAAGCAAAGUUUGGCUAUCUUCUUAAAGCGCUUGACAUGGGGGCUCCCCCACAUGGAGGCAUAGCUUUUGGUUUGGACAGACUGGUUAUGUUGCUGGAAGGGGCUAGUUCAAUCAGGGAUGUCAUUGCUUUCCCCAAAACAACUACUGCACAGUGUGCCCUGACCAGGUCUCCAUCCGAAGUAGAUCCGCAACAGCUGAAAGAUCUUUCGAUUACUACGUAGAUAGAUAUUCAGCUCUUCAAUAUAAUCUACAAUAUAAGAAAGUUUUAUGAUUUGGAAAGUACUUAUUUGCCCCUUUGCUUUCUACUUCAGCCACGUGGAUGUCUUGGUUGUAAUUCUAUAUUCUGCUCACUUCACGUUUCCUU